AUGUAUAGGAGGGGACCCCCCCCGCCCGGGCCGCCCCCCCCGCCCCUGCUGACGGCCGCGCCAUGUCUUGCAGAGCUGCGGGAGCGCGGGGAGCCGCUGCGGGCGCUGGGCUUCGCGGCGCUGGUGCUGGGCUCCGUGCUGCUGCACUGGACCGUGUCCCUCAUGGACCCCGGCUUCGUCCCGCAGGCAGGGGUGAGCGAAGAGCAAGAAGCAAUGAUACCUCCGCUUCCAAAGACCGUUCAGCUACGGCGCUGUGGCUACUGCAUGGUGAAGCAACCAAUGCGAGCCAAGCACUGCCGGGUGUGUCAGCACUGCGUACGCCGCUUUGACCAUCACUGCCCCUGGAUUGAGAACUGCGUGGGAGAGAAGAAUCACUCACUUUUUGUAGCCUACUUGGCCAUGCAGCUUGUGGUCCUGUUGUGGGCUCUUCACAUUGCUUGGUCAGGCCUUUAUUUCGAAGGGUCAUGGAAGUGGCUGAAGCACAACAUCUUCCUCCUCUUGUCCUUUGUCCUGAUGGCCAUAUUCACUGUGGUAGCGGUGCUGCUACUUGUUUCCCACUUGUACCUGGUCUCAUGCAACACUACUACGUGGGAGUUCAUGUCCCGCCACCGCAUCUCCUACCUGCAACAUUGCGACACAGAGAACCCAUUUGAUCAAGGGCUCAUCCGCAACCUCUGGAGAUUCUUCUGUACCUGUCACCUUGUUGCAUGGGAAAAAAUGUAUUUCCAGGAAGACAGUGACCCUGUUUAAUUGUAGGAUGUAAAGUCAAGCAGGCUUUAAUGGUUGACUCAAAUGUAAUUACAAGAGGAAAUAAUUUAACUACA